AUCUCUGACCAGCUGCUGGUCCGUUGCUCCUCUGAGAUCUUUCUGAGGGCUUUACAUGAUGAGGACAGAGGUCACCAGCAGAGAGCAGAGCCUGGAGGUCGGAGGUUACGCUCCCUGUGGAGGUCCUCGCCUUUGACGGGUUUGAUGAGGAGACAAACGUAGGACUUCAUUUUUUUACAAUAUAAAAGACCAGAGUUUUUUUUUUCUGUGACAUGACCUGUAACUGUGGCUGAUCAGAUGUUUACUGGUCCAAAUACAGAAAGCCAUCAGUUGCCAUGGUGAUGUUCUCAUUUUUGCACAUCAUCAUGAAAGCAGAAAUAUCCCGAAACCCUCGGCAGCGUUCACACAGCGUGCUGAAUCCUGAGCAGCUUCAGCCGCACGUGGCAGAAAACCCGCGACAGCGGUGAGCGAGGUGCUUCAGGAAGCCUGUGAUCGGGUCGGCAUUAGCGUUGAGAGCCUUUGGACUGAAACCUCAUGGCGUGUGUUGGCUUUAACGGGGCCAUGAAGCUGGCGGUGCUGCAGGGCGCUGUGAUGAGGCCCGCCCCCUGCAGUGACACCGAGCCCGCCCUCCGUGUUUGGACAUGCUGACAGAGCAGACUGGACUGUCUGUUGUCCUCUUGUUUCCACUGUGUGUUUAAUGGUGGCAUCCUCUUUAGCAGCCGGCCAAUUAAAGGCCAGGAUUUCAUCCAGCUGAUGGCAGACGGCAGCUCAGCUGGAGAAAACUGGAUCUGCUGUUUUUAGAAGGACUUUAAACUUUAACCAUGUUCAGCCUGAAGUCCAGGCAGGACACGGGGUGUGAUUACUGCUGGCCGAAGAGCUGCAGCUUAAUGAGCACGUGCGACUGCGAAACCCGUGAGCGCGCCUCUGGUGGCCUGAACGCUGCAGACGCGUCAGGGAGUCAAACACGGAGACGUCAUCAGCUGGAAAGCCUGAAACACCCCAGGGAGUGAGAGCAACACCGAUGAGCUCUGUGCCGUUUGUGAAUGAACAGGGAGCGAUGCGCGCAAUGCCCGAGGGGAUACUGUCACAGUUAAUUGGCUGACCCUGGGGAUGGCAGUCAGACGUGGGAGGUAAAAAGAGCCCGCUCAGACAGUCCGGCCUCGGACACACAGCUUCCCGUCACUCAGACCACUGCAGGUAACACGCUUCCUCACAGCGGGAUCGCCGAGCUCCGAUUCACAGAUGGAGGCAGAGAUUCAGCAGAUCCUGGUCCAGGUGUCGGAGCUGCAGCACCAAAGGCUGCAGUCACAGUCUGUGGUUAGGCUGCUGGAUGUGGAGAAAGAGGAGGAGCAGGAGGAAGCCCCUCCACCCCGGAGGACCCUUCAAGCCCUCUGCUCUAUCCCCCGGAGGCUGGCCAUCUCUGCGGGGCUCGGGGGAACGCCGGUCACCCCCCAACUGAUUGAGAGCCUGAGGAGGAUUCUUCUGGGUGGAAACUUUCGUGUCUUCGACUACGAAUGGAGGAAAGCCGUCUUCCACUUCAGGGAACCAAACUCCGAGUUCGCAUACGCUCUGAAGGCUGAUGGGGGUGGGGCUCGGGCCAUUCAGAUGGUCGUCCAGGCUCGCAUCAUUAAGCACCUGCUGUUCACCCAACAGAGCACCUCAGACGGACAGACGCUGCACAGUCUGACAGAGGUAGGACGGCGGGAGCAGGACAGAGCAUUGGCGGCCGCCCUGAGCGACAGCCUCUGGUUGGCCGGCCAGGAGGCGAGCGCGACUGUCACCUUGGUAACCGAAGACUAUUGCAUCACAUCUCACCUGGACAACAAACUGGACACCUUCACAGAGAGGCUGCAGCUCUUCACGUUCAGCGAGAAGGACGCCAUCACCAACUUCAUCCUCGACCACAUCCAGUGCCCUCAUCUGCUCCCGUACCAUCGAGAGGCUGAGGCAGGACCUAGACUCUCCUACGUCAUACCUGCUGCACCUCAGCCCGGGCAGCUCUGCCUGUCGGCAGGCUCUGCUGAACCUGCUACUGACCGGCAGAGCCAGCCCGCACCUCUUCAACGGGAUGCGGCACUUCGGGCAGGACGGCCUGCCUCUGCAGCGCCCCCUGCAGGGCGUCCUGUCCCGCAGCGAUGUAGGAUAUCUGCGCUGGAGUCGAGAGGAGAUGGAGCGCGGUGCGCUGCCGCAGGUGGGCAGCAUGCUGAAGACUCCCAGGUUCCCGGUGUGGGUUUGCAGCAUCAACAGCAGCUGCUCGGUCCUGUUCAGCGCCACACGCUCGCUGCUGUCAGACUGGAGGGCGGAGCAUCUGUUCCAGCUGUACUACUACUGUGGGCAGAGCUCGCAGACAGCGACGGCCAGGCUGACAGUCGAUACUCACUCCCACCACUGGGAGGCGUCGUCCAGAGAUGGAGGAGAUCCAGAGAAACGGUUUCCCUCACUGGAGAUGACCAUCAGGACCAAGUGGGACGGAGCUGUGAUCGCCUGGAACGGCACCUCCCCCUUCUACUGAACAUCACCACAAACACUGGUCUGCGGUCGUCACAGCACUCCCGACUGUUUUUACCAUUAUAGGAAACCAGAUGUUAAAAGUCCCGUUACAAACCUCACGUCUUCAGUAACCACUCAUGAUUCGGACCAGAGGUGUUGGCGAGGUCACCGUGGUCACUGACGAAUCAGCGAACACAGCCGAGCACAAACAGAGCGUCUGGAGGUAAAAUGAAUCCAGACUCCAGCCUGUUUGCAUCCCACGUUAUUCCCUGCUGUCCUCUGGACUCGUCUCUGUCAUCAGACCCUGACGACUUCCUGUUCUCGUCUCCGUGUUUCUGGGUGAAGCUGAAGGCGGCUCUGUAGUAGCGUCACGUCUGCCCAAGGUUUAACCUUUGAACCAAACUGGUGUUUGUCUUUGAUGAUGUUUCAGUCUCGUGUCCUCAUCUUAAAUUGUUUGAUCUUCGUUUAGCUGAAAGUCUUCUGUUCCUUUGAAAUGUAACAGAAAUAAAUCUGACUCAUGUUUAAA